CUGGGUUAUCUAGCUUGAUCCUUUUACUCGCCGUCAUCCUCGACGUCUUGUUUGAUACAGACACGCACGAUCUUAAUAACAACAAACAAAAGGACGAAACAAAACAAAACAAAAAUGGCCGGUCCCAUCUCAACGCCCCUCACGGAGCUCCUGGGGAUAAAGCACCCGAUAAUCCUGGCCGGCAUGGCGCGCGUGUCGGGCGGCAAGCUGGCCGCGGCCGUGUCCAACGCGGGCGGUCUCGGCGUCAUCGGCGGCUUCAUGUACACGCCGGACCAGCUGCGCGAGAUCGUGGCCGAGCUGAAGGCGAACCUGGCCUCGCCCGACCUGCCCUUCGGCGUCGACCUGGCCCUGCCCCAGGUCGGCGGCUCCGCGCGCAAGACCAACCACGACUACACGGGCGGCAAGCUCGACGAGCUCAUCGACAUCACCAUCGAGUCGGGCGCCAGGCUGUUCGUGUCGGCCGUGGGCGUGCCGCCGCGCGCCGUCAUCGAGCGCCUGCACGCGGCCGGGAUCCUGGUCAUGAACAUGGUCGGCCACCCCAAGCACGCCGUCAAGGCGCUCGACCUCGGCGUCGACCUGGUGUGCGCGCAGGGCGGGGAGGGGGGCGGGCACACGGGCGACGUCGCCAGCAGCGUGCUGAUCCCGGCCGUGGCCGACGUGGCGGCGCGGUACCGGCCCGCGUUCCUGGGAGGAAAGCAGACGGCGCUGGUGGUGGCGGCCGGCGGGGUCGGCGACGGGCGCGGGCUGGCGGCCAGCCUGAUGCAGGGGGCGGCGGGCGUCUGGGUCGGCACGCGGUUCGUGGCGGCGGCCGAGGCGGCGGGGAGCGACGAGCACAAGGAGGCCGUCGUGUCGUGCGGGCUCGACGGCACCGAGCGCACCCUCGUGCUGAGCGGGCGGCCGCUGCGCAUGAAGACCAACGACUACAUCCGGAAGUGGCACGCGCGGCCGGACAAGAUCCAGGAGUUGUGCGACAAGGGAGUGGUACCCAUCGAGCACGACAUGGAGGAGGGCGUCGAGGACAUCGACCCGCCACACCUGAUGGGGCAGGUUGCCGGGAACAUCGACAGGGUCCAGCCGGCGGGUGAGAUUGUGGACGAGAUGGUAGCCGGGGCCGUCGAGAUGUUGAGGCUAGGCGGGUCGUACCUGUCGGCAGGGGCCAAGAGCAGGCUGUAGCGUGUCGAUGGCUUCGUUUUUGGGGUGGGGAGUGGCUAGCUGUUGGGCACGUUGGCACCUGUUGUGUUUCAUAUAUCCUUCUAGCUUCAUCUAUAGAUCUUUUCUAGCCUCCUGUACAGUUCCUCUCUAGCUCUGUUUUAUUCCCUCACAAUCCACCCCGUAUAUGCGCCCUCUCACUACACCAAAUGCAAACCAUUCUCACCGCAUCUGCAAAACACACCACAAUCCCCGACGGGU